AUGGAGAAAAGAAAAGAAAAUGUUGUGCUUUUUCCAUUCAUGGCGCACUCUCAUAUUACACCCUUUUUAGCCUUAGCUCAACAGAUAGAACGAAAGGGCUAUACCGUAACCUUUGUCAAUACAUCUAUCAAUAUCAAGAAACUGCAAAAAUUCCUCCCUUCAAAUUCCUCAAUUCGCCUCCUUGAAAUCCCCUUCAAGGCCGCUGAACACGGCCUUCCCCCGGAGGCUGAGAACUCGGAUUCCCUUCCUUAUAAACUCGCCCUCCACCUCCUCGAAGCCAGUUCUUGUCUUGAGCAACCGUUUAGGAAACUACUUGCUGAUCUUGUAGAGAGAAAUGGAGGUGGCGUGAAGCCAGUUUGUGUUGUAGCAGAUUUUCUUUUUGAAUGGACGGCUCAUGUGGCACAUGAAUUUGGAGUAUUUCAUGCAAUCUUUAGUUGUACUGGUGGAUAUGGGAUGGCAUGUUUCUAUUCCAUGUGGCUGAAUUUACCUCAUAAACACACACAAAGUCUAGAAUUUAUGCUGCCUGAUUUUCCAGAAGCUGGAAAAUUACAUGUAACUCAACUAUCACCUGCCUUAUUAGUUGCACAAGAAGAUGAUCCUUUUACAAUAUUCCAAUGGAAGAAUCUUCCAAAUUGGUCGAAAUCUGAUGGAAUUCUGUUCAACACAUUUGAAGUGAUAGACAAGACAGGAUUGGCAUACUUUCGACGAAAACUAGGUAUACCUGUUUUGGCUGUUGGACCAAUGCUAUUAUCAGAAUAUGACAGAUCAAGAAUUGGCCGAAAACCAGCAAUUAGUCCAGCAUUAUGCGUCGAAUGGCUCAACAAAAAACAACCAAAUUCAGUUCUAUUCAUAUCGUUUGGAUCCCAGAACACAAUCUCCGCAUCCCAAAUGCUGCAACUGGCAAAGGCCCUGGAUUCAAGUAGAACGAAUUUCAUAUGGGUUGUUAGGCCACCAUUAGGAUAUCCCAUGAACGCAGAUUUUGUACCACAAGACUGGCUACCAGAAGGAUUUGUACAGCAUAUUCAGGAUCAAGAAAUGGGACUAAUUGUUGAAAAAUGGGGACCCCAGAUGGAGAUUUUGUCCCAUAAAUCUACUGCAGCAUUUUUAUGUAAUUGUGGAUGGAAUUCAGUUCUUGAAUCACUUAAAAAUGGUGUCCCAUUAAUUGGUUGGCCAAUGGCUGCGGAGCAAUAUUACAAUGCAAAGUAUUUGGUUGAAGAGGCUGGGGUUUGUGUGGAGGUUGCAAGAGGGACAAAUUUUGCGGUAAGACAAGAAGAAAUAAUGGAGAAAAUAGAGUUGGUAAUGGGAGAUAAUUACAAGUCAAAGGAGAUUAAAAGAAAAGCUUGUGAGAUUAAAGAAAUAAUUAAAGAUGCCACAAGAGAUGAGGAAAGUUACAAGGGUUCUUCUGUGCAAGCCAUGGAGGAAUUAUUUAUUGCUGCAUUAUUGAGCAAGGAGAAUACUAAUGUUUAG